AAUAAGCAAUAACCAUUUAAAAAAAAGUUGUGCUGAAUGCUAUUUGUAUUUUAAAAAUGCUUUUGUGGAAAUAAAACUAUGAUUUAGGAAACAUCUAUUAUGUACACCCAAGAAAUGAUUAGAUCUGAUUUAAAAAUAGCGUUUUGUUAAGGAUGUCUCUGUCUUAUAAUCACAAAAAAUCUACGGAGAUCGAUACUUGUUUCAAUAAUUAUUAUUCUUCUGAAUCUCAUAAAAACGGUGAUAAUAUGGAUAAAAAUAAAGGAAAUAAAACUUCUGCUGAAUCUCAAGGGACAUGCUACUGCGGUAAAGAUCGUAAUCUGAACAUAGCUGAGUUAUUAUGUGCAUCAUGCAAUAGAUGGUUUCACGAAUCCUGUAUCGGUUAUCAACUUGGCAAGCUGGUACCUUUCAUGACAAAUUAUCUCUUUAUUUGUAAGAACUGCUCUCCUACUGGUUUGGAAACAUUCAAAAAAAAUCAAGCACCAUUCCCGCAAAUGUGUCUAACUGCAAUUGCUAAUCUUCAACAAGAUAGUGUGAAAAAUGGUAGCAAUAGACGUCUGUUCAGCAAAGACCGAGAGAUCAUACCAUACAUUGACCAGUAUUGGGAAGCUAUGACCACAAUGCCCAGAAGGGUGACCCAGUCGUGGUAUGCUACAGUACAGAGAGCUCUAAUCAAGGAUAUCCAGGUUUUGUUCACAUAUGAAGAAGACUCGUCUGAUGGUCCCAUGUUUGGGCUCUGCAACGCAGAACUGACAAUUAUUAAACCUAACUACGAAGCCAUGAUCAAGCAUGGUCAGCUCAAAGUCACAGAUAUGGGUAUAGCUACAAUUCCACUAGCCGGCAACGUGAAGGGCAGGCAAGGUAAGCGCAGGCCUGCGGUCGGCAGCGCGGCCGAGACCGGGGCUCCCAUCGGCAAGAAAGGCCGUAACGCCGAUGUCACCGCUCUGAAACUGCCCUCGCACGGCUACCCCACCGAGCAUCCCUUCAACAAAGACGGUUACAGAUACAUCUUGGCGGAACCAGACCCGCACGCGCCCUUCAGACAGGAGUUCGACGAGAGCAACGAGUGGAGCGGCAAGCCGAUCCCGGGCUGGCUGUACCGGCCGCUGUGCCCGGGCGGCGUGCUGCUGGCGCUGCACGACCGCGCGCCGCAGCUGCGCGUGGCCGAGGACCGGCUGGCCGUCACGGGCGACCGCGGCUACUGCACGGUGCGCGCCACGCACGGCGUGUCGCGCGGCAGCUGGUACUGGGAGGCGUGCGUGGAGGAGCUGCCGGAGGGCGCGGGGGUGCGCGCGGGGUGGGGCCGCCGCGUGGCCAACCUGCAGGCGCCGCUCGGGUACGACAAGUUCGGCUACUCGUGGCGGAGUCGCAAGGGGACCAGGUUCCACGAGUCCCGAGGCAAGCACUACAGCGGUGCGUACGGCGAGGGCGACACGCUGGGCUUCCUCAUCGUGCUGCCGGACUGCGCCUCCACCAAGUUCACGCCCAACACCUACAAGGACCGGCCUCUAGUCAAAUUCAAGAGCCACCUGUACUACGAGGACAAGGACAACAUCCAGGAGUGCCUCAACAACCUGAAGCAGCUCCCCGGCAGCAAGAUCAUAUUCUUCAAGAACGGCGAGUGCCAGGGCGAGGCCUUCAGUGACAUCUACCGCGGCUGCUACUACCCCGCCGUCUCGCUGCACCGCACCGCCACCCUCAGCGUCAACUUCGGGCCCAGCUUCAAGUACCAGCCCUCCACGCACUACCCCUACAGACCUAUGUCAGAAAAAGCGGAAGAAGCAAUAUGCGAACAAACGAUGGCCGACAUGCUGUAUCUGACCGAGAACGAGGGCAAGCUGCGCCUGGACAACUUCAACAUUUGAUACAACUAACGCCGCUGAGGCGAAAUUAUUUUGCAUUUAAUCGUGUUUAACUUAAGAAUUAAACGGCGCUCUAGAAUUGUCCUACAUACGACACAAAAGUGUGCUCAAUUAUUAUAGUAGGCAGCGGCUCGCCCCUGGUGCUACUGAUGUCCAAGAGCUACAGCGACCACUUACCUUCAUGCUUAUAAAGGGAUCUUAUGAGCGGAUACUUGUGCAUCUCGUCAGUCUGUAUACUCAUCAUGGUAAUAUAGAUAGAUCACCUCUCUGUCUAUCAGCCUUCACUGCGGAGUGCUGCAAGGUAGCCUUAGUAGUGAAAUCAAGGUGCAGAAGGCAUCCAUGUUGAAGUACAAUUUGUGUGUUGUUAAUAAUUAUUGUCUAUAAAAACGAUACAGGAUACGAGUGAAAGCUCACCUUGCAACGCGUGCGAAUAGGCAUGAUGACUAAUUUUCAAAAUCUAUUCUAUGAUAUUCAGAAGUAUCUAUUAAAUCAAAAAUAUAUCAUAUUUCUGUGGAAAAUAAAGGUUUUCAUGAAAUAAAAUGAAAUUAAAAUUUAAAGUUUCUAUUUCGCGCUAAAACGCUGUUCAGUGUCAUGGCGUCUGUCAUUACGUCACGGCUCAGUAAACUUCAGUAUAUACCUACGUCAAUAGUAAACAUUAGAUGCUUGUUUAAUAAAUCAUUUUGCUUAAUAAAUAUGAAUUCAAAAGUGUUCAUGUGGUGUGUGGUUCCUCAGUGCAAUAAUAAAUUUAUAAAAACUCCGAACAACUUAAUUUGUUUACGUCCCAAAUAACAAAACAAUGAGAAAUAAAUGGUUGAUUCUCUUGCACAACGAGAUCCAACAAGUUUAAGUCUAAAAAUUUCAAUUUAUUUCUGUGAAGAUCAUUUUGAUGUAAGUUUGUACAUAUUUCGUAAAUUCUACAAUGAUGUGUGACCUUAAUUGAGGUCUAAAAUUUCAUAAGUUCAAUAUUUUUUGAGAUUACAGUUUAUCUCUUGAAUAACCGGUAAUCUUAAGCAAAUCAGCUGGUCUGUACAUACGUACGUUUAUGUAAAAUAGGUUUUGUCCAAUAGAUGUGCAUGGAAUUCUUUUAAUAAUAGAUUUUCACAAAUUGUAAUAAAAUUAAGUAUUUUGCAUAGAAUUUAAGACUAACAUACCAAUGUUUAAUCAUGAACGUAAUGUUAUAUAGCGGCCGUCGCGUCGGGCCCUUCGGAUUGGUUCGUAUGACAGUGUCACGUCAAAAAUAGGCGGGGUGGUGUUACCUACUCCAGAAGGCCUACUGUAUGCUUUAUCACUGGUAAGCAUUUAGAUAAAUGUUAGUUUUCUAAAAUAGUAUAUUAUUUUCUAUAAAUGCUUAGCAGCUGAUUGUAUAAGUGUAGUUACAAAAACGGUAUUUUUCAAAACUAUUUUUAGGGAUAUAGUGUAGCUUUUAUAUUGUCACAGAAGGCAAAUUCUGAUUUCUGAUUGAAGCUCUGGCUUGUUGUAUGAAGUAGUUUUAUUUCAUAGACAACAACUAUACAAAGAAAAUAACUAAUGAAUGAAAAUUCUAUAUCUACAAAUACAUAAAAUUUGGAAUGAUUUAUUAUACAUAGUCACAGUUCUCCCACGCCCUGGGAGUUUUCUUAUACGCCAUCUGAUUUGUAGACUGAGAGGCUCCACAUAAAAGUUUCAGUAAAUAUAGCGUAGGCGAAAAACCAAAUAUAAUUACCAAUUAUAAUUCAUUUUGAGUUAAUUUGUUCAGAUCACAAACUGUAACAAAACAGUAUUAAGAUCUUUCUUCCAUGUCAAAUCUGUGUUAUGUGUCUCUUCAGUGUUAUCAACCUUACUGUUAUUGUGGAGUCUGGUCAUUGAUUUAUAUUGCAUAAUUUCAAAUAUGCUUAGUAAUUUAGAAACCUGAUAAUUAUUUUGUGUAUUGUAAAAGGGAUAUAAUAAAUUAGAAAAUACAUUUUGUAAAUUAAACUAUGUUUAUAAUAAACAUUCAGGCAGACAUCAGUAACCAGACUGUGAUGUUUAACUGCAUCUGGAUAUUUGGAAUUUUACAGGACUAGAUCAAAUAAAUAAAAAAUGGAACUAA